GAUGAAGGGGAAUUUGUUCCCAAAAGUGCACGAGAUGAUGUCUUAUCUCGUGCACUUGGUAAGACUAAAGAAGGGAGACCACUAACAUUUGGUGGUGGAGUAGGCAUCAAAGCUGUGUGGGGGACCGGAGAGCGGCGUAGCUUUCGACGGUAUGGAGAUGCGGAGAUGGAGGAAAUGGAAGCAAGAGUGACCAAAAGGGUCAAAGAUGAGACAAUACAAGAGAUGAACUCCAAGAUGGAUGCCAUGGUCAUGGAGAAAUUUAUCACAUUUGCUAAAGAACUUGGUGUCCAAAUACCAAGCCAUAUGAGGAUAGACGCAAAUGUUCAUAGUAGUUGUCGUUCCGGGGGUUUAGAUCCAUUUGCCGACAUUACGGAACCUGUCCCGUGCCAUCUAUACCUGAACAUAGGCUCGGAGAAAGUCUUUGUUGCCUAUGGUACCAUAUGUCCAGAGUUGCUCCUUGAUCACCACAACGACGUCACGUCCGAUAACGUGAAAGUGAGCGUUGAUGAUUUUGAGCCCGCGUACAAAGAAGCUCCCGUCCCCGUGCCUUCUCAAUAUAUUAAGAAACUUGCUCAAGCUCAUGGUACCUUCACUCAGUGGCCAAAACAUUUGGUGUCGCUUACGAAUGAGGAGGUAACUAACAUAUGCAUGAUAAUUUGAAGUAGAACUAUUAUACCAUGUAUGCUCACUAAUAUGUAUAUCGUUAUUUGAAAAUCAUACCUCAGGUAAACAAGCCUACAAGU